AUGGACGGCAUGCCCCACAUGGCAACAAGUGAAUAUACACCAACGCCAAAUACCAAAUGCACAACCUCAAGUUAUCAUCAAAGAAAAAUAUUAAUAUGGGCGGGAAAUGACCAGCCUGACAUGGGUUGCACUGGCCAGAGCGCCUCACCAACCAGUCAAAAGGCAUAUGGCGGGGGCAAGACACUUUCUAUCUGUUACUACCCGAAUAUGCUCACAAAAGCAAUGACAUCACACAGAGCCACACUCUCUCUCUCUCGCCCUCCUUGUCUCGGUUGA